AUGUUGCUCCUGAGUGGAUUCACCUUCUCCUGCCUCUGGGUUUUUGGGCUUGGGCAGUUGGAGCAAACUGAAUUAUCAGUCACCAGAGCAAUGGAUGAGAGUGCCCAAAUAUCCUGUAAAGUUUCUCUUCAAGACUUUGGAAAAGUAGAUAUACAUUGGUACCGGCAUAAAAGAAAUCAACAGUUUGAGUAUCUAAUGUUUGUCAGGACGAACUAUAAUGAACGCACCUUAGAAGGAAAAAUUAAGAAAAUUGAAGCAACUAAAGAUGUUCAAACUUCUACUUCAACUUUGAAAGUAAAUUUCUUGAAGAAAGGAGAUGAAGCCAUCUACUACUGUGCUGUUUCUUCAAAUAAUAUACAUAAAAUAUUUUCAAAAGGGACAAAGCUCACAGUAAUUCCCUCAGACAAACGCUUUGAUUCAGACAUUUCUCCCAAGCCUACCAUUUUUUACCCUUCUAUUGCUGAAACAAAUCUCCAUAAGGCUGGGACAUACCUUUGUCUCCUUGAGAAAUUCUUCCCUGAUGUUAUACGUGUAUAUUGGAAAGAAAAGGAUGGCGAUAAGAUUCUGGCAUCUAAAGAAGGAAAUACCAUGAAGACUAAUGACACAUACAUGAAGUUAAGUUGGCUGACUGUGACUGAAGAUUCAAUGGAUACAGAGUACAGAUGUAUUGUUAAACAUGAAAACAAUCAGAGAGGAGUUGACAAAGAGAUUCUGUUUCCUCCUAUCAAUAAAGCUUUCACAGCUAUUGAUAUCAACCCCAGAGAAAGUGUUAUGAGAUGUGAAAAUGCAGAUGAAACUAACUGUAAGAUUCUCUUAGAUGUGCUGCAGCUUCAAGUCACAAACACCUCUGCAUUCUACACCUACCUCAUCCUGUUCUUCAAGAGUGCCAUCCACUUGGCCUUCGUUACAUUCUGUCUGUUUAGAAGAGCUGUGCCUUGUAAUGGUCAAAGAUCAUAA